UUGUGAACUGCGUGUCUGUCAUGUCAAUGUUACAAUCCGGCGCUUCCUGCAUUGGAAAAGGAAGUUGUUACCAGUACUUUCUCACGAAAGCAGCAGUUUAUUUGACUCAAACAGAAUAUAUACUAUAUAUAUAUAUAUAUAUAUAUAUAUAUAUAUAUAUAUAUAAGUCUAAUGGCUUUGAGCUCCGAGGGCCGGGCACAGCCCCCGUCUCUCUCCUUUAUGGGGCUCUCACAGGCCGGCUGCAGCACCGUUCUCAUGUCGGUGCGGGUCUCCGUCUGCCACUCGGGUAUCAGACCGCUGUGUUUACCCGGGGCCGAAGACGAGUCGCUCCGGCUCCAACUCAGUAUGGAUCCGGGGAAGGCAGGGGAAUUCCGCCUAGCGCUGCGGGACACCAGUGGCGCCAGUACAGGCAGGAGCGUGUCCAUCGUGGAGUACAACCUGCGUGACAUCCGCUACGAGCUGAAGAGCAGUCGCUGUCACGAACUGGCGCUGCUGGGACAGCCUGACGAGCGCAUGACCUUCAACUUCAAGGAUGAGAAGGAGGCUCAGGAGUGGUCGACCAUCAUCACCACCUCUGUGCGCGAGGUGCAGAGAGUGGCUGCCACCUCCUCGGGUGCCCCCCUGAAUGUGCCCUCCUCUCGGGCACAGGACCGCACACUGCAGCUUGAACACCUGUUACCCAAAGCCUCUGCUGAAUUGCCCAGGACAGAGGAGCUGUCUGCCCAGCUGUCCCAAGCUAUCGAGGCCGGAGAGCUGCAGACAGCUUCCGAUUGUGCAGUGGCACUUGCUCGCCAGCAGGUGGCACUGCGCAUCCAGCAAAAAGAGAGUAACUACAUGGAGAGGGAGAUUAGUAUAAAGGUAGGGGUGGAAGAUGCUACAAGUUCCUGUUGUGUCACUGUGAAAGUCUUCCCCUACAUGACCAUCUCCUCACUAAAGCAGCAGGUAUUCCGUGACUACGGCUUCCACUCACGUGUGCAGCGCUGGGUUAUUGGGCAGAGCCUGUGCGCGGACAGUCGAACGCUGGCCUCCUAUGGGGUGCGGCGUGAUGGUGACACUGCAUUUCUGUACCUGGUGUCGGCGCGGCAGGCUCGGCUCUCUCGCCAGCGCUACGAAGAGGAGCAGGAGAUCACCAUGCUGUCUGCCGGGGAGCCCCUCAGCAAUGGCAACCGACUGCCCCCACUGGACAGGAGGGACUAUAGCACCCUGCCCACCAGAAUGCCACAGAAUAGAGUUCCCGUGAGAGAUGGCGGGGCUGAGCGGAUGGGUGUUGGUGACAUCAGAGAGCUGAUCAACCUAGAGAUGCUUCAGCUGAACGAGGCUCUGAGUCUCAACCCAGCCAACAGAGCCCCCAGCUCAGCAGUGGCAGCUGGCCCUCAGACUGGCUGGUCUUGUCCUUCCUGCACCUACAUUAACAAGCCCACGCGGCCGGGCUGUGAAAUCUGCAGCCAUGACCGCCCCGUAGACUACGUGGUACCGGGGGGGUACCAGCCCGACGAGGAGGAGCUCUGGAGGAUCCAACAGGAGAAGGAGGCAGUCUGGCAGUACCAGCAGGUUCGUGACGCGCAGCGCAGGCUGAACUUCGAGACGCUGCUGCAGACAGACUCGCAGGACCUGGUUCGGAACCAGCAGGGGGUGGAGUGUCGGAUCUGCUACCUGGAGCUGGGGCCAGGGGAGGGGGUGCUGCUGAGAGAGUGUCUGCACUGCUUCUGCAGAGAUUGCCUGCGAUCGGUGAUCAAUCUGAGUGACGAUCCUGAAGUGUCUUGCCCCUAUCGUGACGAAGCGUACGCCUGUCACAGCAAGAUCCAGGAGCGUGAGAUCCGUGCACUGGUGUCUCCGGAGCAGUAUCGUUGUUACCUGGACCGUGGUCUUGCAGUGGCGGAGUCUUGCUCUGACAGCAGCUAUCAUUGUGCUACUCCAGACUGCCGGGGCUGGUGCGAGUAUGAGGACAGUGUCAACGAGUUCCCCUGCCCCAUCUGCAAAAAGCGCAACUGUCUGCUGUGCAAGGCAAUUCAUGAGGGAAUGAACUGUCGGCAGUAUCAGGAUGACCUGCAGUUCCGCGCCGUCAAUGACUCGGCCGCACGCAAAACUACUGAGAUGCUCAAUACCCUGGUCCAGACAGGUGAAGCCAUGCAGUGCCCCAAGUGCAGGAUCAUCGUUCAGAAGAAGGAGGGCUGUGAUUGGAUACGCUGCACCGUGUGUCACACCGAGAUCUGCUGGGUCACCAAGGGGCCGCGCUGGGGGUCGGGGGGCCCGGGAGAUAUCAGUGGCGGGUGCCGGUGUAAUGUCAACAGACAGAGGUGCCAUCCACAGUGCCAGAACUGCCACUAGCGCCACCUGUGCUGACAUCCGGUACUGCAAGGAGGCAGUGAAGAUGGUUAGUGAAGACAGCUGGGUUCAGCUCAGGAAACAGAGACUGACAGUGUGCUGAAGUCCUGCUCACCUCAUUGCUAACCCACGCAGACAGCAACGCUAGGCAAUACCUCAGAAGAGCACAGUGGUAUUGUUGGAGUUUGGAAUCUGAUGUAUUCACAUUUUAGUUUUGUUAGAUUCUGGCAUUUCUUUAACACUGUGAUAUGUGAAUACUAAACAUAAAAAAUAUAUAAUAAUGUAACACUUGAGGCAUGCAGCAGCUUUCAUAUUAUAUUAGAGCAAGCGCAGUAGAAAGCUUUGGGAUGAGUCGACGUGUAAAACCUCUCCACAAUAGUAGGCUGCUCUGACCUUGAGUGGGUGAAAAUAUGCUGAUGUCUUACACAACACCCUGUGCUACAUAUUGUUUUUAUAACAUCUAGUUUUAACAAGAAGAAUUAAACAGUAUAGCUAAUUGUAAUGUGUCAGCUUUUCUACAUGAUACAACAAGCCAUGUGAAACAGCCAUCUGAAAUCUCUCUGUAUCUGGUAGCUUGCAUCACAUCAGUGUCAGGGUCUACUACAUGUUACAGUACUAUACAGUAUUCACAGUGCUUUCUUAUAGAUAGAUUUUUCAAUGUUUUGAUGGUUAAAUUACAGUAUUUAUCAUAAAACUGCUCUGGGCUGUUAUCGGAUGCUUUAAAAAGGUCUAGAAAUGUAAUUCAUCUCUUUUGAUAUGGAACUUGGUAAAUGAGCCCCACAUGACAUCUGUCUGGUUUGCUGGUGCUCACUGUAAAGACCCUUAUAAAAGUUUCCCAUAGUAAAAGCAUCAGUGUAAUAAAGCAUAGCUAAGCAUUGUAAAGUACGGAGAGGUAUAGGAAAGCAUGUGCCAAACCAUGGUAGACUUAUAAAUCAGUAUAAUCAUGCAAAAAUUGCAAUAUUACAAAAUUACAGACAGAGAAAAAUCUGCUGUCAAGCAGGUUUCAAGAUGAAAGGGGAUCAGGAGAAACUGCAAACCUUUUGUGAGAAAAGAGGUAGGAGAAUAUGCUGACAGAUCAUAUGAAUUUGAGGGAGAGAACAGAUGAGAAUGAGACCAGAGUUUAACAACUCACUUCUUGUUAGAGAAAAAGGCAGCAUCAUUUUGAAGGUCUUUUUCAGCCGUGUACGGUUUUACCUGUUAGCUGUAGGGUGUGCUUUCAUUAUGAUGACCUCUCUUGCAAUUCUGUCUGUUCAAACUGCACAGAAACUGUUCUAUAGAGACACCCUACACGGUGUAGUAAAGUAUUACUCAAACUCAUGAAUUCCUAUUAAACAAGCAUGGAAAGGGUUAUUUAUUUAUUUUACUCCAGUUCUGAGCACUGGAUGACAUUUACUGCAUACACAAAUCCAUAACAGUGGUUGGUGAAUUUCUUGUGUGUGAUUUAGAAAACAAAAUGCAUAUGCGCAUUGUAAUUGGGUAUAUGAACUCUAUAUAGAUUGGAACGCCACAAUCUGAAGGUUGAGAUGAGCGGAGUGCGAAUCAGCGUUUCUGGCGCAGAGCUGAUAAGUGGCGGGUAGAUAUUGAUUCCUGAUCAAUGCAAUGGACUAACAGUCUGCAGUUAGGAGACGUGCAUGAAUGUAGUAAUCUAGACGGGUGCUGGUUAAGAGUAGAGCAUGCUAAAUGACACCCCCAUUCAUACUUUGUUGUUUAACACGUUUAUAGUUGUGGGUCUCUCAUCUCAACCGGACUGUACACUCCUAAAGACAAACUUAUUUUUCAAAGUGCCUCAAAAACUGCUAAAAUGCACUUCUGCGAUUCUCAAUGUAUGUUUCUGGAACUUGGCGGUUUCUGACCCAUCUGUAUUCUUGCAUUUUCUUGUGUUGCUCAUUAAAAAUUAAUCCCAUCACUACUGCAUUGCUUUUACCUCUGGCCAUAUCAAUGAUGCAUUUGUGAAAUAAGGAAAGAGCAUUGUAUAGCCUGAUGUUUUAAAAAGCAGACCAUUCCCCAAUGUAGUUUUAGUGUAGGCACAGGUUUGCUGCCAUCACUGAGAUAAAUAUAGAUUUGAACAAUGACAUACAAGCCCUUAUUACAGUCCAGAAAGCAUGGAACAUUUUUUGGAACACUCUUGCUAAACCGAUAACAAUUUACACAAAGACAUUAGUCUGAGCUGAUACUGUAAAUUAUUCAGCGAGAAGGAAACUCUAUAGCUAGACUGUCCACAUAGCUCCACAAAUCUACAAACCUUUUUAAUAUCAGUUCAAUAGGACAAUAAGCAGAGUGUAUCACCAUUGCCAUGGCAAAAUAAGCAUUCAAACAGAGGCUAGAUCGAUGACUGUUCUUACAAAAAAGUGAUAUAGCUGCUUGGACAUCCAUUGAGAGACAGAUUAUACAUUAUUAUUUUCUUAUUCUAUUAGUGUAUGACCAACUACAGCGCUCCCUUAAUAUUUCCCUAUUCCAUAAUUCACUAAUCUUGUUAAUUCACCAUUAGUCCUUGCUGACAAUAAACUGUGCAGGUCCUAUAUUUUCCUGUAUAAGGGCCCUUAGCUAAUUCAUGGUUUUCAAUACUUCAGU